AAAUUUUUGGAAAUAAAUAGGCAGACUAGAAAGCUUUGAUUGGAAGAAGGAAGUAAAUUAAGUUUGGGUAAUGGCAGAGGUCAACAAGCAAAAGCAUUUCAUUCUAGUACAUGGAGCAUGCCACGGAGCUUGGUGCUGGUACAAGCUAAAACCACGGCUCCAGUCAGCAGGCCACCGUGUGACGGCCGUCGACAUGGCUGCCUCAGGCAUCAACAUGAAAGCAAUCCAGGGUGUUCACUCCAUGUACGAUUACAGUAAACCAUUGUUGGAGAUAUUGGCCUCACUAGCUUCCGGCGAAAAGGCUAUUCUCGUUGGCCAUAGCCUGGGAGGCCUGAAUUUGGCCCUGGCCAUGGACAAGUACCCCGAGAAGAUUUCAGCCGCUGUUUUCUUGGCUGCUUUCAUGCCGGAUACUGCGCACCACCCUUCAUUUGUUUUGGAACAGUAUUGGCAAAGGACACCAUCGGAAGCUUGGUUGGACACUGAAUUUGCUCCAUACGGAAGACCAGAAGAUUCUUCGAUGUCGAUGUUUUUUGGGCCCAAGUUCUUAACAUCCAAACUUUAUCAGCUAUCCCCUGUUGAGGACCUGGAGUUGGCAAAGGCUCUGAUCAGGCCAGGAUCAAUGUUUUUAAGCGAUUUGUCCAAGGCAGACAAGUUGUCUAAGGAAAAGUUCGGAAGUGUUCCCCGAGUCUACGUUGUAUGCAAAGAAGACAAUGGGAUACCAGAGGAAUUCCAGCGUUGGAUGAUCCAGAAUUUUGAAGUUAACGAUGUGAUGGAGAUUAAGGAUGCAGAUCAUAUGUCAAUGUUCUCAAAGCCAGAUAAACUCUUUAACUGUCUGUCAGAAAUAGGACAUAAAUAUGGGUGAUGUUAAUUAAUGAACAGGGGCGCCUUUGAUUUUUUAAUCAAUAGGCAUUGCUUUCAUGGAGAUAUGGUGGGUUAUUCAUAUGGGGAAGUUAGAUAUUGUUUUUUAUAUUUGGAUUUUCGUAAUCCCUGAUUGCUAUAUGUUUAAAUAAUUUGAAAUAGCCGUCGGUAUGUAUUGGAUGUUUCCUUAUGGUACCAAAAGAAAUAUAUAUGAAAUAAAUUUAUGUUUUGGAAUAAAAUCAUAAAA